AUGUUCAAAACUUGGGAUCACAUCGGCCAAUUCAUCAACACAGGGUUAUUGGCCCUCAUCAGCCCAUCAGCAGGCACCAUCAACUAUGGCCUGUUUGUAUUAGUGUUCGCAAGUUCAGUUCAGUCCGGUUUUUUGCCCCCAAAACGCGCAACCGUGGACCGCAACCGGUCUAGGACCGACCCAGAUAUUGAGGGAACCGAACCGAACCACCUAGGACCGGUCUAUUUCGGUCUAUGGAGCCGGUUCAGACCGAUCCAGACCGGUUUUUUUGCGUAUAAUUUAUUAUACCAAUAUAAACCAUUUGUAUCUUGACUAUUAUUACUCUGAAAAAUAAACGGGUUAUAUGAAAUAGUAAAGCAUGUAAAUACCCGUCAUUCUACCAAUUUUGAAGAGAUUUAAUGAAGAUUUGACAUA